UUGAACGCGAAAUCCAUCCAAAAAAACGAACAAACAUUUACCGUAAACCCAGUAUAACUGUGACAGAAUUUGCUAUUUAAACGUAUUUUAUUUAACGCAAAUCAAGGAUUGUCUUUUCUCAGUCCACAACGCAAGAAGGUACACUUGAAUGAGCAUAAUUCGCGUCAGAGGAGGACAAACGUGGCUGUUUAAUGAGCGCGAGCAAGUACAUGACUAGUAGCUCGCUAACGUUAGAUAGCUGGAGAACGAAGGACUAGGUAGCGUAGUUGUCAGCAAAAAUCCAUCUGGCACAUACUAGGUUAGCUGGCUAGAAAGUUUAUUCUACAAAUAUUCAGGUAUCAUCUUGCCCGCUUUCUGCUUUUGUUGAGGUGUGGACUUGUUUGACAGAAUGGACAAAGAUGAGCUGGUGGAGCACUUCAGGACCCUGAGGUACCCUCUGCUGUAGCAGCAAUCCGCACUCUCCUGGAAUUCCUCAAAAGAGACCAAAGUCAGAUUUACUUAAAGACAAGACAUUACUUUUCUACCCUCCUUCACUUGUUAUACUGAAGGGUUGGCACUCGAUUUGUCAAUUAUUAGCAAAUAGACAAGUUGUGGUAUUGAUUGGUUGGGUGCUUUAUGUCCCUGAGCAGGUGAGACCAUCCUGGGCUUGAGAGAGAAUCUGACCCAGACCAUUGGGUGUCUGGAGGAGGCGGACUCCUCUGUGGCUGUCUUGUCUGGUGGCGAACUGUUCCUCCGCUUCAUCAGCCUCACAUCACCUAUACCUCUUGCUGCAACACCUAGGCUACUCUUAUACACUCCGAGCUCACUUUACCGUGAUUUGACAUAUAUUCAAUGGCGAGAGUACUUUGAGUUGUACAACGUACCAUCAUGAUUUGAGAUGUCAUUCUCAGAAAUGUUUUAUUUGUCCCCCGAACAGGAUCUCUCUCAAUGCAAGAAAGCUAUAGUAGAGAGAGGAGAGCUCUUUCUAAAGAAAAUAUCCCUUUCCAGGAGUAAAGUAGCGCAACUGUGCCAUACCUUUUAUCAAGGAUGGAGCUAAAAUACUGACACACUCCUCCUCCCGGGUGGUUCUUAGGGUACUGGCGAGUGCAUCAGCCGACAAGAAACGUUUCAUUGUCUACGUCACUGAGUCACAACCAGACUCUGCAGUACAAAAAAAUGGCAGAGAAAUUACGCAACCUAAACAUUCCAGUCACAGUGGUUCUUGAUGCUGCAGUGGGGUAUAUAAUGGAAAAGGUGGAUCUGGUGAUUGUGGGUGCAGAGGGAGUGGUGGAAAGUAGUGGCAUUAUUAACAAGAUUGGCACCUAUCAACUGGCUGUGUGUUCAAAGGCUCACAACAAUCCUUUCUACAUUGUGGCAGAAAGUUUCAAAUUUGUCAGACUCUUCCCUCUAAACCAGCAAGAUGUCCCAGACCGAUUUAAGUACCUAGGUGUCUGGCUAGACUGCAAACUCUCCUUCCAGACUCACAUCAAACAUCUCCAAUCGAAAAUCAAAUCAAGAGUCUGCUUUCUAUUCCGCAACAAAGCCUCCUUCACUCACGCCGCCAAGCUUACCCUAGUAAAACUGACUAUCCUACCGAUCCUCGACUUCGGCGAUGUCAUCUACAAAAUGGCUUCCAACACUCUACUCAGCAAACUGGAUGCAGCCUAUCACAGUGCCAUCCGUUUUGUCACCAAAGCACCUUAUACCACCCACCACUGCGACUUGUAUGCUCUAGUUGGCUGGCCCUCGCUACAUAUUCGUCGCCAGACCCACUGGCUCCAGGUCAUCUACAAGUCCAUGCUAGGUAAAGCUCCGCCUUAUCUCAGUUCACUGGUCACGAUGGCAACACCCAUCCGUAGCACGCGCUCCAGCAGGUGUAUCUCACUGAUCAUCCCUAAAGCCAACACCUCAUUUGGCCGCCUUUCGUUCCAGUACUCUGCUGCCUGUGACUGGAACGAACUGCAAAAAUCGCUGAAGUUGGAGACUUUUAUCUCCCUCACCAACUUCAAACAUCAGCUAACCGAUCGCUGCAGCUGUACAUAGUCUAUUGGUAAAUAGCCCACCCAUUUUCACCUACCUCAUUCCCAUACUGUUUUUAUACUGUUUUUUAUUUAUUUACUUUUCUGCUCUUUUGCACACCAAUAUCUCUACCUGUACAUGACCAUCUGAUCAUUUAUCACUCCAGUGUUAAUCUGCAAAAUUGUAUUAUUCGCCUACCUCCUCAUGCCUUUUGCACACAUUGUAUAUAGACUGCCCAUUUUUUCUACUGUGUUAUUGACUUGUUAAUUGUUUACUCCAUGUGUAACUCUGUGUUGUCUGUUCACACUGCUAUGCUUUAUCUUGGCCAGGUCGCAGUUGCAAAUGAGAACUUGUUCUCAACUAGCCUACCUGGUUAAAUAAAGGUGAAAUAAUUUUUUUUUUUUAAAGAUGGGAGGAGUGAGGGUAGCUGAAGGGUGGGACUAAACAAAUACUAAUUUAAAAUAUAGUUUCCGUAAAGUGUAGUAUGUAGAUGGAACAAAAAUAUAAAUGCAACAAUUCCAAUGAUUUUGAGUUAAAGGAAAUCAAUCAAUUGAAAUAAAUUAGGCCCUAAUCUAUGGAUUUCACAUGAAUGGGCAAGGGUGCAGACAUGGGUGGGCCUGGGGAGCCAGGCAGAAUGAGUUUUUCCCCACAAAAGGGCUUUAUUACAGAAAGAACUACUCCUCAGUUUCAUCAGCUGUUCGUGUGGCUGGUCUCAGACCAUCCAGCAGGUGAAGAAGCCAGUUGUGGAGGUCCUGGGCUGGCGUGGUUACGCAUGGUCUGCGGGUUGUGAGGCUGGUUGGAAGUACUGCCAAAUUCUGUAAAACGACAGAGGCGGCUUAUAGUAGAGAAAUUAAUUCAAUUCUCUGGCAUCAGCUCUGGUGGAAAUUCCUGCAGGUCCGCAUGACAUUUUCAAGCUCCCUCAACUUGAGACUAGUGGCAUUGUGACAACUGCACAUUUGUCCUUUUGUCCCCAGGACAAGUUGCACCUGUGUAAUGAUCAUGCUGUUUUAAUCAGCUUUUUGACAUGCCACAUCUGUCAGGUGGAUGGAUUUUCUUGCACAACAUUUGAGAAAUAAGCACUUUGUGCAUUUGGAAAAUUUAUUUCAGCUCAUGAAACAUGGGACCAACACCUUAACAUAUUGCAUUUAUUUUUGUUCAGUGUAGAAGCUACGUGUUGUCCAUUUUACUCUAAUUAGGGGAGGUAGGAUCAGAGUAAAAUAAAACAUUUCAAAUCUAUGGAGGAUUGGAAGUGAUGCAGACAAUUACAUUGAUAGAACCCACAAUCUACAAUAUUAAAGCGGUUCCACCCCUAAAAACUAUUAAAGGUCAUUGGGCUGUAGUUAUUUUAUGUGAUAACUUGUGGUCUCUCUUUGCUCUCUCAGUAUAAAGCAAAUACUCUGAAGGCAGUGGAAGAUCUAGCACAAGAACACCCCAUGAUUGACUACACACUGCCAUUGCUGAUUACACUUCUAUUCACAGACCUGGGGGUUUACACUCGUUCCGCAGUCAGUGACGAACUUAAGCUGUACUUGUAAACCACCACUAGAAUAGAAUAAACACCAUCAAAUGGAUUCAUUUAAUUCAGAUAUUAACAAGUCACCUUUCAAUAUGCAUAUCACUAACAACAUUAAACCCAUAGUGAGUCAAGACAUAAUACAAUGAUUUUAUUAUUAGUCUUGGAUUUAAGGAGAAACUCACAAAAAGCAGGUGUUUUACUUUGUAUGAACAUUUUUCCCCUACUUGCUUUACUGGAGUUUGAAAAGGUUCUGCUGACCCAUGGGAGAGUAUAUAAAACUACUGUACUAGUUAGUUACAAAUUAAAAGCAAUCAAUCUCAAGAGGACAAGGAAACACUUAUGAACUGGAUUUGGGUCAUAAAUUCAUCCACAUUUUAAUUUGACUCUGAAAGUGAGCUCUGUAUCUGUUGUGACCAAUGUCACCCUCUGCUAACCCAGAAUAAACAUUGAACAUAACUACCAAUAAAGUAGAAUAAAAUCUGUACAAAAUUGUCCUCAUUUGAUAAAGUACAAUACUAGAACAAUAAAUGCUCAAGCAACUACUUCAAACUGGCAACAAUAGCUCAGAUCUCACACCAAGGCUUUUCUUAUUCUGCAUCUUACCCCAAAAUGUAACAGUCUUAAAUACAUACAGUACGAUUAUAUGCCAUUACUUUUUCCAUUAAAUAUGCAUUGUGCAUACUGUGACUGAUUGGCACGGUAGGUGUUAAAACAAAAGUUAUUUGUACAAGAAAAUAUACUCCCCAAAAAACAUCUAGAGCAAGCUGAACAGUUGUCUAACAAUUAUCAUUCCAAGCCCAGUGUUGUAUUUAAUGUGUGCACAACUUACUACAAAACCUCCUCCUGGCAUAGUUUUAGGGCAGUGGGUUUGAAUGCAUAAAUACUCUUCUUGAUCAAAAAUGUAUAAUACCCUCUUCAGUGCUAUUGAUAUCAAAGUCUGAGGAGUCAAUGCAAAGACAGUUCU